AUGGUUGAAGGUGAUUAUCUGCACGUCUCUGAUGGCUUCAAAGGGCUCUGGGAACUCAUUGGGGAAGAAGCUUCAUGCUCUCACUGGAAAACCAGAGGCAGGAGGGAGAGGCGGGCGGGGUGGGAGGGGUCCAGACCCUGCGCUUCCAUUCACCUGGAACAUCUGUUUUUGUUUUGUUUCUUAGGUACACAGAUAAGCUGUUUCUCCCCAAGUUCUUUCUCCUGGCGUCAGGCUGCCUUCGUGGAUUCUUACUGUUGGGCUGCCGUUCAGCAGACGGACUCCUUGCAGGGCGGCGCUGGAAACCUCGCCCUGUGCCUGCACAAGUUUUUCCCCUACAUCCUGUUGCUGGUCGCCAUCCUCCUGUACCUGCCCUCCCUGUUCUGGCGUUUUGCAGCUGCUCCGCAUAUUUGCUCAGAUUUGAAGUUUAUCAUGGAAGAACUUGACAAAGUUUACAACCGCGCCAUUAAAGCUGCGAAGAGCAUGCAUGACCGCGACCUGAGAGAUGGGACCUGCUCAGUUCCUGGUUCUAAUGAGAACGUAGGACAAAGUUUGUGGGAGAUAUCUGAAAGCCACUUCAAGUACCCAAUUGUGGAACAGUACUUGAAGACAAAGAAAAACUCUAAUAAUUUAAUUGUCAAGUACAUCAGCUGCCGGGUGCUAACAGUCAGCAUUAUACUGUUAGCAUGCGUCUACCUGGGCUAUUACUUUAGCCUCUCCUCCCUCUCAGAUGAGUUUGUCUGCAGCAUCAAAUCAGGGAUCCUGAGAAAUGACAGCACCGUCCCCGAUCGGUUUCAGUGCAAACUCAUCACAGUUGGCAUCUUCCAGUUGCUCAGUUUCAUUAACCUCGUGGUUUAUGUUCUGCUGGUUCCCGUGGUUCUCUACAUGCUGUUUGUUCCUUUCCGGCAGAAGACAGAUGUUCUCAAAGUGUAUGAAAUCCUGCCCACUUUUGGUGUUCUGCAUUUCAAGUCUGAAGGGUACAAUGACUUGAGCCUCUACAACCUUUUCUUGGAGGAGAAUAUAAGUGAACUCAAGUCAUACAAGUGGCUUAAGGUCCUGGAGAAUAUUAAAAGCAGCUAUCAGGGCAUCGACACAAUGGUUCUCCUGACUAAUCUUGGCAUGAUCAAGAUGGACGGUGUUGACGGCAAAACUCGCAAGCCGCCUGAGAUGACGGGAGAGCAGCAGGGGAACCAGAUGGCAGAGCUCAAAGAUUUGAAUGCACACAGUGAAACUAAAGCAAAUAAUGGGGAGAGGAAUGCUCGACAGAGACUCCUGGAUUCUUCUUGCUGAUGAACGUUUUCAGGAACUUCAGGGCCAUGACUCCUGUGGCGUGGGAUUCAUUUUGGCCGCAGCGCCUCUGUGAGGUUUCAUCUGGUUUGCAGUAAAUGGCUCUUGGUAAUGGCAGACACGACUUACGGAGUCCCUAAUGAAAAUGACGGCCCUCCGCAUGCUGUGCGAGAGCCGUUCGUGCACUUCCUUUGAGAGGCAAUGCAGAGAUGAAGAAGCCACAGCAAGUACGUGAGCUCUCAUCAGGUGAAAAGUGGAAA